UUUCAAGUCAUGGAACCUCGAAGCAUUCACUUUGCAGUGUUUCAAUCAUGCCAUUUCCUUGUUUGUAUCGUGCUUGCAUUAUGCUCUACCCAAGUCUCCUCUAUCUCAAAUGAAACUGACAAACUCUCUCUGCUCGCAUUUAAGGCUGGAAUUACUGAGGAUCCUCUCGGCAUACUCAGCUCGUGGAAUGAUAGCUUGGGGUUCUGCCAGUGGUAUGGUGUCAUGUGCGGUCGCAAGCACCAAAGGGUCACGGUUCUGGACUUGUAUUCGCAGAAACUCUCUGGGUCAAUCUCUCCUCACGUUGGGAACCUCAGCUUCUUGAGAGAAUUGUGGCUUGGAAACAACAGUUUCGAUCAUGAAAUCCCUCCACAAAUCAGCCGAUUGAGUCGCCUACGAAUAUUACGACUGGAGAACAAUACAUUGGUUGGUGAGAUUCCUGAAAACAUAACAGCUUUCUCUUACCUUGUCAGCCUUAUUCUUGAUUUCAACCAACUAACCGGGAAAAUUCCUGAACAAGUCGGUUCAUUAUCAAAUCUACGGAUUUUUUCUUUGUAUAGAAAUGAUCUAAUUGGGGGCCUGCCUUCCUCCAUGGGGAAUUUGUCUUCACUAGAGGUGCUUCAGCUUACGCGAAAUAACUUCGGUGGGAGCAUUCCUCCAGUCUUAUGCCACCUGUCGAAAUUACAAGCCUUUUCUGUGGUAGAAAACAAACUAUCCGGUCCAAUUCCAACUGGAUUUCUGAAUCUCUCUUCUCUAACUAGCUUCCAAGUAGGAGCCAACCAAAUACGAGGGAGUCUUCCUGUAGACAUAGGCUUUACUCUUCCAAAUCUUCAGGGUUUUAGCAUUUUCAGUAAUCUGUUUGAGGGACAGGUUCCUCCAUCAAUAUCAAAUUGCACAAAGUUGGAGAAAAUUCAACUUGCAAAUAACAAACUUUCAGGUAAAGUGCCUUCUUUGGAAAAUCUGCACGAGCUUCAAGUGUUCACCACUUUCAGAAAUCAGCUUGGACAUGGAAAACCCGAAGACUUGAACUUCAUUUGCUCACUAACAAAUGCCACGAAGUUAAAGAUAUUGGCUAUUUCUCGCAAUAGUUUCGGUGGAGUGCUGCCUAAUUGCCUAGGUAACUUAUCCACCACCCUCACAAGAUUUGAUGUGAGUAGGAAUCUACUAUAUGGAGAAAUUCCGAAACAUAUUGAAAAUCUUGUGAACCUCCAAGUAUUGGAUAUGUUUGAAAACAAGUUUUCAGGUGUUCUCCCCUCAAAUUUGGGAAACCUACGAAAUUUGUCGAUAUUCCAGUUAGGUGGUGACUACCUAGGAGGGACAAUCCCAUCUUCUCUAGGAAAUCUAACCAAGUUGACCGUACUAAUUUUAGCUUGGAGCAACUAUCAUGGUCAAAUUCCUUCAACACUAUCUAAUUGCCAAUUUUUGAACAUGCUUGAUCUUUCGAGUAACAAUCUUAGUGGUACCAUACCCCCACAAAUUAUGGGUCUUUCUUCACUGACUAGGGGUUUGAGGUUAUCUAAUAAUCGUCUGACAGGAAUUUUACCCAUGGAAGUAGGCAAAUUGAUAUUUUUGACUACAUUGGACAUCUCCAAAAAUAUGUUAGGAGGUGAAAUUCCAAAUACCUUAGGUGAUUGUGUCACGUUGCUAUCAUUAAGGAUGGGGGGCAAUUCCUUCCACGGGUCCAUUCCUCAAUCGAUGAGAUCGUUAAGAGGCAUUGAAGAAAUUGAUCUUUCACACAACAAUUUUUCUAGGGAAAUUCCACAGUUCUUGGAGGUACUUCAUUCUUUGAAAGUACUAGAUUUGUCUUACAAUAAUUUUGAAGGCAUGCUACCACAUGCAGGAGUCUUUGAAAAUGCUAGUGCAACUUCUAUUAUUGGGAAUGCUAAGCUUUGCGGUGGAUUGCCAAAAUUUCAGCUUCCUAAAUGCAUCUCCAGUAGCUCCAAGAGUAAAAAGGUCCAUGUAUUGAGAUUGUCUGCUAUUGUUAUUUGUGGCGUUCUCGGAAUUGCUCUUGUUCUUGGCAUUGUAUAUCUCUAUUGGCGGAAGAAGCCAGUACAAGAACCGAUUUCAAGUUCUAUUGAUGUUUUAUGUCCAAAUGUAUCUUAUAGAACACUUCUAAAAGCAACUGAUGGUUUUUCUUCAACCAAUUUGGUUGGUGUUGGAAGCUUUGGUUCUGUUUAUAGGGGGGUACUAGAGAACAACGGCACUGUCGUUGCAGUGAAGGUGCUUCAUUUAGUGGGCCGCAAUGCUCUGAAGAGCUUCACAGUUGAGUGCGAGGUUUUAAAGAACAUCCGGCAUCGAAAUCUUUUGAAAAUUCUAACAGUUUGCUCGAGUGUUGAUUAUCAAGGAAAUGAUUUUAAGGCCAUAGUAUAUGACUUCAUGGAGAAUGGAAGCUUGGAACAGAGGUUACACCAAAAGGUAAUGCCAUCUUAUGGAAACAAGCCUCCGAAAAAUGUGAAUUUAAUUCAAAGGAUAAAUAUUGCUAUUGAUGUUGCUUCUGCACUAGAUUAUCUUCAUCACCAAUGCCGCAUUUCCAUCAUUCAUUGUGAUCUAAAGCCAAGCAAUGUCCUCUUAGACGCUCAAAUGGUUGCGCAUGUGGGCGACUUUGGAUUGGCGAAGUUCCUCAUUGGAUCGUCCCUUGAUAUUGUAGCUAAUCAAAUGAGCUCUAUGGGUCUAAGAGGGACAAUUGGUUAUGCUCCACCAGAAUAUGCAAUGGGAUGCAUGGUCUCGAGAGAAGGCGAUGUUUAUAGUUACGGCAUCCUCUUACUAGAGAUGUUCACAAGACUGAGUCCCACUAACGACAAAUUCAGAGAAAAUUUCACUCUCCAUAGUUUGGUUGCAGCAGCUUUGCCUGAACAAGUAUUGGAAAUUACAUAUCACACUCUGCUUCUAGAAAGGGAGAGUCGUUUCAAUGCCAAUGGUCCUCAGCAUUGGCUUCCUGAAAGCGAUGUCAUGUUUCAAGAAUGUUUGGUUAUGGUAUAUAAUAUUGGAGUCACUUGUUCCAAUGAAGUGCCCGGAAGUCGGAUGAGCAUAAACAGUGUUGCUAGUCAGCUGCAAAAGAUUAGGCAAAAACUCUUUGCAUUGGGUUUAUAUGAACAAGAUGAAUACUGUGGGUGAUAUGAUAAUUUCUUACUCUUUAUCGUCUUAAAUAUUUAGCUUUGUUGAUGCUAGGGCAAACAUACAUGUAAAAUGCGUAGCAGAAUGCAGAGUCAAUAAUGUGUCUUCAUUAGAAGGUAAUAGUUGAUUGUCAUUCCUCAUUAUGUAUAUAUAUUAAGCUAGCAUAUGCCCCGCGGUGCAGAAACCUUUUCGUAAUAUCAGUUUAAAUUUGUUUAGAGUUUGAGAACAUAGACGAAACCCGAUCUGGAUCGAAGUGCGGAGAAGUCUGGCUGUAUAAAGAAAGUUAGAAUUGUAUUUU